AUGGAGAAUUUAAUUAUAUUUGAUUAACUCAAAUAUUAAGUGAAUAUUAAAAUUAAUAAAUAAAAAAUAGCAAGAAUGCUUCCUUCGAAAACUUCUCUUUAUGAAAACAUUGAAGAAGCUUGUACUAACAUUUUAGAGAAAAACAUAGAUGUUAGUUUGCAAUAAAAAUCAAAGAUCAAUAGGGAAAUUGAUGAAUAUAUUAAAAAUUAAAACAACGAUUAGUAAUAAUAAGAGGCCAAGAUGUUUAUCAAAGUGGCAUUAGAUUGCAUAAAGAAACAUUAUGCAAAAAAUAUUCUCCCUAAAUUCUAAGAUAAAUAUAAGGAUGCUUUAUAUCAUGUUGAAACAUUCCUUCAGAUACAUACAACCUUCGUGAAAUCUAUGAAAUCAUUCAAAUUCCUGUUGUAUUAGGCUGCGCAAAACUUAGAAUAAGAGAGCAUUCCAGGGUUUUACUCAAGCUUGUUCGAUAAUAUAUUUGUUCAGGAGUUGUAAAUGGUGUUUAAAAGUGUUUUGUUUAAAUGUGUGGUUGAUAUGAUUAAGACUGCUUGCGAAGAGGAACAAAAGCAAUUAAAAAUUAGCGAUUUGCUUUAUAAAUUUGGGAAUGUCAUGUCCUAAUUAUAAAAAUCAACUGAAGAACUUUUAGAUUUUAAAAUCGAACAAGAAUUUAAAUAAAAAAUAUUUGAUUAUUUCGAAGAGAAAUAUUAAUAGAAUUAUAAAUCCUGGCAUCAAAGCUUAAACACCUAGAUGUAUUUGAGGAAGGUUUAACAACAGAAGGAGAUUAAUGAGAAGGUCUUGAAGUUUGGAGAUAAGACAAUCUUGGAAUAGGUGAAUAGAAUACUCAAUUCGCAUCUAUUAACUUACUAUAAGCCAUACUUAUUGGCAGAUACUAACCCCAAUAAUUUCGAACAUCUUUUGAAUGAAUUUCACAAAGAACCUGUACUUUAAUUAUAGAACCUAAAAUUGAUUGGAGAUUUAUAUGGCAGUUUGGAUGAUCAUUAUGAUUAGAUAACCACCAAUUUUAAGAAUAUUAUAACUUAAGAAGGCCAGGCAAUCAUGUAAAAAAAGAAUCAUUAGAUUGUUGAAACCAAUUAAGAUUAAAUAUUUUCAGAUCCAGCCUUUAUUGGAUAAUUUUAUAGUCUCUAUUAGAAAUAUUCGUUAUUGAUAGAAAGUUGUUUUGCUUAAAAAUCAGAUUUCAUCAUGGCUUUAAAUAAUGCAUUUGAAUCAUUUAUCAAUUUGCCCAUUGGAAAUCAUGAGUUUGCUGAUUAUCUUGUGACCUUCAUAGGCGAAUAGAUAGAAUUGCUAAGGAAUUCACCAAAGAAUGCUACAAAAUCACCUGAAUAGAUAGUAAAGUUGUUUGUAUUUAUAAAUCAAAAGGCUAGAUUUUUAAAAUUAUAUAAAAUAUCAUUGGCUUAAAGAUUAAUAAAAUAUUAAAGGCAAGUGGAGGCAAAGAAAAAUAAACAAGCUUGUACGAUUGAGAUGAAUAUAGUUGAGGAGAUGGAAAAAAAAUGUGGUGCUCAGGAUUUGGAAUCAUUGAAAAUAAUGAUCAAAGAUUUCUAGAAGACUGAAAAUGAAGUAACUAAAAUCCAAGAAGAAAAAGGAUUAUACAAACUAUAAAUUCAACCACCCAUCAUUAUUAAUAAAUAGCAUUGGCCAGAAAUAGAUGAAAUUUAAUUAAAUUUACAAUCAGAAAUAAUCACUUAGCAAAAGGAGAUUAUAGCUAAGAGAUAAUAGCAAAAGACUUUGAUAUGGUUAGAUCUAAUCUCUUAUGUUGAAAUAUAAUCUACUGAAAAAGCAUUGACAUUUAAUUUAAGUGUUCCACAAGCAGUCAUCUUAUUGCUUUAUCAAUACAGAAAUGAUAUUCUAGAUGUGAAUCGCAUAUCAUCCUUAACUGGGUUGAAGGAACAAUAUGUUAUUCAUAAUUGUAAAAUGAUGAAGGAUGCCAAAAUAUUGGAUGAACAAAUUGUCAAUGACUAAAUUUGCUAUCAAUUUAAUGAAAACUUAACCAAGUAAAAAAAAGGAAAAUCCAAGAAAAUUGUUACUGAAACAUACUUCCCUUAGAAUUAGGUUGAAUAAGUUGUGUCUGUCUAUGAUAAGGAUUUGGCUAUUGAGGCAGCUAUUGUGAAAAUCAUGAAGAAACAAAAAGAGAUGCAAUUCAGUGAUUUAGUAAUAUAAGUGUAAGGACACAUGAAGAAAAAUUAAAAUGUUGAAAUUCCUUUUGCCUAAAUUAAAUAAAUGAUAGAAAGAUUAUAACGAAACGAAUACUUAGAAAGAGAUGCAAAUAAUAUGUAAUUGAUAAAAUAUAAAUGA